GUUGGCGGUCUCCGCAGUAACGCCGCGGCACAAAUGGCAAGUGGGCGUGGCUACGCGCUCUCUCCGCCCCUCCCUCCCCCGCUUCGCGUGGGCUGGAAGAACGAAACACGACACCCAGAUAGAGGAGGAGGAGGAGGGAGAGAGUUACACGGAGUGAGUGGAAAAAGAAAAAGUCAGUGGAAAGAGAGGGAGAAAAGUGGAUCGGGCAUUUCUGCCUUCUCGCUUGUUUUGAUUUUUAUUUUGAGAAGGCUUGAAUAUGCAACUUCGCAGCGUAUAUGAAGUAAUCAGGAGUUCAGCGCGGACACGGUCCUCCUCCAUCGGCACGACGCGCUCCGAUAUCUGACCGUAAAAGAGCGAUUCUGUCCGGCCACAAGGCAGCGACGAGCGUCCUCCACGUUGGGGAGGAAAAACAAAACGCGAAAACUCCAAACAAACCGGGGGAGAACGAGUGAAGGGGCUGGAUUUGAGGAGGAAAAGUUUACAGAGGAGUUUGUGUGUGAUCCUGAGCUCACCGAGAGGAAGAAGUUCAUUUCAUCUCUCUCUCUCUCUCUCACUCACUCACUCUCUUUCUCAGUUAGCACGACUGCUAACGAAGCGGCUAUACUCUCCAACAUGAAGACCCCGGGCGAUACGGGGUUUGCCUUCCCAGACUGGGCCUACAAGCCGGAGUCGAGUCCUGGUUCCAGACAGAUCCAGCUCUGGCACUUCAUCCUGGAGCUGCUGCGGAAGGAGGAGUACCAUGAUGUCAUCGCCUGGCAGGGGGAUUACGGCGAAUUCGUCAUCAAAGACCCGGACGAGGUGGCACGACUGUGGGGCGCCCGCAAGUGCAAGCCCCAGAUGAAUUAUGACAAGCUCAGCCGAGCGCUCAGAUACUACUACAACAAAAGGAUCUUGCACAAGACCAAAGGGAAAAGAUUCACCUACAAGUUCAACUUCAACAAGCUGGUGCUGGUGAACUAUCCGUUCAUUGACAUGGGCUCUGCAGGUUCUGGUGUUCCACAAAGUGCACCGCCUGUCCCAUCAGGUGUAAGCACUCAUUUCCGCUUCCCUCCAUCCACGCCAUCGGAUGUCCUCUCUCCUAGCGAGGAACUGCGCAGUCCUGGUGUCUUCAGUGCUGUGCCUCGACGCAUAGCUCGUGGCUCUGUCUCCGACUGCAGCGAUGGCACCUCCACCAACUCGGAGCUUGAGGAAACUGGCAUAGCUCCCGGUGACGACCGCCUGGCCGACCGUGCCUUCAGAAACCUGCUCCAUCCGCGCUUGUCCCACGAUUCCUUGUUCCGUGUCUACGGUGCACCGCCCAACCCAACUGGGCUUCCCAGGAGUGGGCACCAUGCGCCCCCACACAGGGUCCACCCUGAACCCUUGUCUCCAUUCCCAGUGUCCCCUCUCCCAGGCCCUGGAGGCUUGCUGGCUCCUGCUCUUUCUCCAGCUCUCUCCAUGACCCCUACAUCUCACAUGCCCUACACACCUUCUCCAUCCCUGUCUCCCAUGCUGGGCUCCCACUUCUCGUUCAAUCCAGAAGACAUGAAGCGUUACCUGCAAGCUCACACUCAGAGUGUCUACAACUAUCAUCUGAGUCCCCGUGCAUUCUUUCACUAUCCCAACAUCAUCAUCCCCCAGCCCCAGCGCCCAGACAAGGGACUGGGAGCGCCAGCGGGUGUAGGUCCACACCUGUCAAGUCACCCUCUGCACCAUCAGGCUGAGGAGCCUCAUUUAUCUCCGUUCAAGUUCAAGUUACAGCCACCACCACUGGGUCGCAAACAGAGAGAAGGGCCAAACCCGGCUGGAGCAGGACAUGCUUCAAAUUCUGGAAGCGCUGCUGCUUCCUUCUCUUACAGCGGGGAGCCUGGUGCAGCCUCAAAUUCUGCUUCAUCUGGAAUGAUGACCAACAACUCAACCCUAGCUGGUCCACCAAAGAUCAAGGUUGAGCCCAUCUCAGACAUGGAGUCGGAGGAAGAAGUCGAGGUCACCGACAUCAGCGAGGAGGAGCAUGAAGACGACGAAUGUGAUGUCUUUUCCCCUCCUCACCCUAAUGGUGGCCUCGCCCCUCCACCCAACCACGAUCGCAUGACUGAUGAUGAUGAUCUCGAGGAAGAUGUCUUCAAGACCCCAGCUGCCCCUACCUCAGGGGUUGGGGUAAAUCUUUUAGGUCUUAAAGCAGAACCCCGAGAGCUAAACCUGGGCCAGGGCGCUCCCAUUAGCCCCGGGGGUACGCGCUGCAUCCCUCUGAAGUUGCGUUUUAAACGCCGCUGGAGUGAGGACCAACGAAUGGAGGCGGGAACCGAAGAGGCUGAGGACAAGAAGAGCAGGGCAGAGAGGGAGGAACUUACCCAGGAGGUGGAGCCUAAACUGGGGGAGGAAAAUGGAGAGCGGAAGAGUUCGGAGACUUUGGCUGCACACCUGGGGACGGGCCAGAGGAGGGUGAGUUCUGAGCUGCAGCAAGCGACAGCACAGCUGUCUUUAGAAAACAACGUUUGCUGAAGAAGACAUGGUCAAACACAUAAACUUACCAACACAGAGCUGUCCUCCUUAAGGGCUGAAGGCAACUGUUGCUCUCAGAAGUUA